AUGAGCGGAAGAGGCAAAACCGGAGGCAAGGCCAGGGCGAAGGCAAAGACCCGUUCAUCCCGUGCUGGGCUCCAGUUCCCCGUGGGCCGUGUGCACAGGCUGCUGCGCAAAGGCAACUACGCCGAGCGUGUGGGCGCUGGCGCACCAGUCUACCUGGCCGCCGUGCUCGAGUACCUGACUGCUGAGAUCCUGGAGUUGGCCGGCAACGCUGCCCGUGACAACAAGAAGACUCGUAUCAUCCCCCGUCACCUGCAGCUGGCCGUCCGUAACGACGAGGAGCUAAACAAACUGCUCGGCGGUGUGACCAUCGCUCAGGGUGGUGUGCUGCCCAACAUCCAGGCAGUGCUACUCCCCAAGAAGACCGAGAAGGCAGUCAAAUCCAAGUAAAUUCGCUACUGCGAC